UUGCGCCAACAACCCUGGAGUCGGAUUUGGCUUUUGCCAGUUGUUUCAUUUGGCUACAAGGUUCUUCUUUGAGCCUCCACACAAAUAGGUGCCCAUGGCCAAUUUCACCCUGAAAGUCAUUGGUCAAAAGACUUUGCUGUGAUGAUGCGCUUCCAAGUAUCUCUUGGCUUUUCAGGUUUUCUUGUGGGCUUCUGUCCCUUCGACAAGUCUGUGGUUGGUGGAAAACGCACCAUCGACCCAUGCGACAAGAUCCACUCGGAGGUGAUUCGAGAAAAAUUUGAUGCUCACAAAGAUGGCCAAGAGGGCAGUGAGCUUCGGAACAAGUAUGAGGAGUACUCGAUACGAGAUCUGGAAUUUGCCAUCCAGGAGGCUGAGGCCUACGGUCGAAGAGAGGUCGAACGGCUGAGGAAGGAACCGAGGGCCAAAGCGCUGUCAGCAGAAAUCAAUGCGAAGAUCUCACAGAUGAAGCGUGAAAGCCUCCACCUGGAGAAGAAGGCCAAAGCUCUAGAGGAUUGCGAUGCUCGAAAGCAGGAGGAGAUGAUGAAGCAAUCCAGGGAUUUGGAAGAUGAGGCCAAGAAGUUUGAGAAGGAGGAGGAAGAAAAAGUGAAGGCAAACUUCCGGCCGCUUGCAUGUGAGGUGUGCGGAACAGCUUAUGUCAGCAAUUGUGAAGGAGAGUAUGAAGCUCACCUCAAGUACAAGGUACACGAAAGCUACACGGAGAUUCACGCUAGACUCAAGGUGCUGAAGGAGAAGAAGGCUGAGCGGGAUCGCAUCGCCAGGGAGAAGAAGGAGGAAGAGCGCAAGAAGAAGAUGGAAAAUGAGGUGAAGAAGGGAGAAGAAGAAGCAGAGGCAGAGGAGGAUGAAAAGGGUGAAAAGGGUGAAAAGGGCGAAAAGGGCGAAAAGAAGGGUGAAAAGGGCGACAGGAAGUCCAAAGCCAAGGGGAAGGACGCCAAGAGCGGUACAAGGUCAAGAACACGAAGGAGAGGUAGCAGAAGUCGAGAUCGCCGUGGGAAGGAGCGCGGCAGAGACCGGUCACAUCGCCGCAGCAAAAAGGAGCGGCGGAAGCGCAGCUGCAGCAGCAGCCGCAGCUGCAGCCGCAGCCGUGGCCGACGAAGACGAUGAGAGCUGAAGUGUGAAUGGACUUGGAUAGCAACCACCUCCACCAACCAACACCGCCGCAAGGGCAACAGCAAGAGUAGCAGGUCGCCAC